AUGAAAACGCAGCCCUUUGAGGGUGAUAAUUCGGAACAAUUACCAUCAGAAAUCUCCUAUCAAAGUCUUGAGCCUACAAGUAAGUCUGUCUCGAAUUUACCUUCUUCAGCGCUUGAGGGGCCUAAGCUUGUGUACAAGUCCAGUAAAAGGGUGGCAACACCGAUGAUCCUUACUUGUGAAGACCUUGAGCAUACAAUGUUGUCAGAGUUCAGCGAGAAGAAGUCUAAUUCACAGCCACAAGGCUGGAGUACUAAGCGCACAAAGACUGAAAAACCUGUAAAUGUGGAUAGCCAGGCAUAUCAGACAGGGGCAGAUCUAGGGUGUAAUAUACGGGUUCUCGAGAACCUAGAAAACUUACAAUUUUCAAGCACAGAACAGUCCAUAUUGCAAAGCUUGAAACAACAUUGGCGCGAUUCGGAGUUCCUCCACUCCUGGGAUUUGAAUUCUUCAGCAUGCAAUUGGUCAGGAGUUUCAUGCGUCAAUGGCAAGGUGACAGAGCUAAAUCUUGGAGAAAAGAACAUUACUGGAAUAAUUCCAUCUACAUUUUGUCAGCUCAAGAACCUUACCUUAAUUGAUCUCUCCAACAAUAACAUUUCAGGGACCAUACCAGCUAGCCUGAAGGACUGCUCAAAGCUACAACAUCUGGACUUAUCCAAUAAUUAUUUGAGAGAUCAGUUUCCAG